CAGAUGAUCCACCUCGCAAAGUCGACCCCGAAGGAAGUUGGUUGUCGUUCGUUCGCCAUUCAUCGAGGGCAUCGGGAUCCUCAACGUCGACAUCGUCAUCGACAUCAUCGAAAAAGAAAUGCGAGAAGAAAAAUAAAGACAAAAAGAAUUCAAGAAGAUUGCCAGUAGCUGAGGGGCCCGCUGGACCGCCCGGGCCUCAGGGCCCUGUCGGCCCACCUGGGGCACAGAUCACAAAGCAGGAACUACUUACAGAAUUUAGAACAUUGAUAAGAGAAGCGGCAGAAAGACGAGCGCAGAUUAUUAUUGGAGAAAAGUGUCCGAGUUGUCUUCUCAACAUGACGGAAGGAACAGAGUUACAUCUUCCGAAUCUCGAAGAACUCGAGCUCCUUCCAACCCUUCCCAUCGCUUUCCAUUGUAAACUCAGUAGGGACCUUGACAUUCCCGGGAAAAGUCUAAUUGAAGUCGUCAAUUUUAGAACGCCGAUAGAUACCGGGUCAUUUCAGCGAGGGCGAGGGUUGGAUGUCCGCUCAGGUAGAUUCACAGCCCCUCGCACAGCCAUAUACCAACUCUCUGCAAACCUUCACAUAGGCCAGCGGCUCUCCGACGUCAAAUCAAGAGAGCUCAAGCCGCGAGAUAAUGUCCGAAUUCUCAUCUGUAUCAACUCCAUGUGCCAGAGACACACGUCAUUAGAGUUUGUAUCAGGCAUGGAGAGUAACAGUCGAGUAUUCACCGUGGCAGUAUCUGGUCUCCUUCAAAUAGAGGAGGGACAAUACGCGUCAGUGUACAUCGACAAUAGUUCAGGUCGAAGAAUUGAGAUCCAAGUUGGAUCGGACUAUAGCGGAGUCUUGAUGGGAGUCUAAUCGGUCUAGAGCUUCCUUCAAAAUUAAGAUGUUUUGAAAUUGACAAAUUUGAAAUUGAAAUUGAACAACUGCAGCGGCAACAACAAUAACCCAUUAUCAUGAUUGAUAGCGGAUGAACAUGAGACUAUCAGUCGAUGUUGGACGUCCUUUCACUGUGGUAGAAGUUUUAUAAAAAAGGAAAUUGGGAGAUUGUUAUCAAGUUUGAGUUCUAAUCAUUGAUUUUAUAUUUUAGAGAUAAACCAUCGAAUUUCCUUGAACCUUUACUCCGACCAAAAACAAGAAAAUCCAGCUCAUCUCAGAAGACGAUAUUUUAAUGAUCAGCUAUGACAAGCGGCCAACCCACGUAAAGGACAAAUGUGAUAUUUUGAAGCAGAGAAAUCUUUAUUUACUUCUACGUUUUUUUUUUCAAAUUUGGAUGUGAAAGGAAAAUAAUGCAACUUAUUCAUGUGAGCAACGUCAUAAAGGCCUUGCCUAUACAUCAUAUCACAUUCGAAAAGAGUGAAAUGGAUUACUGCCAUCAUGUAGACAUUGCUGUUAUCAUUUUGGUUUCGAGUCGGUUCGAAUGGGAACUAACCGGUUGUCAAGUUUCAUCCGAGACCGAUGAAUGUGGAUUGACUCCAUACAUUGCCGAACAAGGUCCGGCGAUCGGGCCGAUACUAUCCAAGAUGUGAUCGGUUUGGAACCUAUACUCUUUAGUUCUGGCAUAUUAUUGUCUGCUUCUUGGAUUCAGGCCGACACAAACUUAUCACGUGAUUCUCAAUCGAUAGCAUUUAUCGAUGGCAUGUAGCCUUCCUACUCAAAAUCACGUGAUUUCUGAUGGAGUCUUAAAACUAAAUUGAGAGGCGACCCUGUCAAAUAUUGAGUGACAAUUUUAAUACCUUACUAAUGAGUUUGUUUCUUUACAAAAUAUCAUAACUUGUAUGAGUUGCUACAUCGAAUAUUGAGUAAAACAAAAUAUUAAUUUAGUUAAUCAAACCACUGAAGGGUCUUAAUCAUUAUCACAAUGCAUGCUAGUUUGCACGGUGUAAAGUGCAACGCUUAUCUCGACAACAUUUUGCUUAUGUGUUUUUAUAAACUAUUCCUCUACUCAUAAGCUUAAAGAAUAUGAUUUAGCUGUUUAACGAGAAGUAUUUUAUGUAUUCCAAAGGUAAAACUUGUCCCCCAUACCCAUAACCAGUUACCUGUGUAACAUCGCCGAGAAUUUUUGUUGUGUUCGUACAGAAAUUCACUCAUCGUGGAUGGGAAUACUCUAUAAAAACACGCUCUAGGUUAAAAUGCUUGAUAUGAUAUUUCGUAAUGUUAUGUUGUUGUUUCAUCAAAAGUAAUUCAUUUUAGUGGCGAAUAGACAUGUGGUCAUUUGUGAUGUUUAGAGAAUCUCACGAUAUCUUCUUAUUCAUUAUUCAAAAAUUGAAAUAACUUGAAAAAAAAUCAUUAUAACGAGCCUCAAUUAGAAGAUGGUAAUAGAUGAUUACAAAUAUAAUUACUUUUACAAUUGGAAAAAAAAUUAAAUAAAUUGCACAUCGUUGACGAAAACGUGUUUUUAUUCCACUUUGCAUCAUUUUAUCUGAUUCCAAGACGAUCGAGUCGCAAAAUCAUCUUUACAUUACUAAUUAUAGAUAUUUAAAAAAAAAUUCCACAACGUUGGGUGCGAUAUGGAAUUUUGUUUGUAUUCAGGACAAUAAUGACCAAUCAAUCGAUUUAUGUAAGAUAUAAUUAUUAUAUGAUAUCAUGAUAUUAUCAUGUGAUUGAAGUUUGUGUAUAGAACUAUCAUUGUAUAAAAUUAAAAUUGUACACAGAUGCAUUAUGGGUAGGGAAGUGACGUAUCAAUGGCAGUUGUUAUGUGUAUUUAUCGUUCAAGAUAUUGAAAUCUUCGUCAUGUACCAUGUCUCUAUGUAAUAUAACUUAUUGUGAACUGUAUAUUCCUUAUUUAUAUUUAAAAAUAUGUACAUUUUAGACUGUGUAUCAAGAAUAUUGCAAGAUGUCUAGAUAUUCAUUUUAUGAUCAAAACAAUAUGUUGUAGAAGUUUUUGGAUGUAUAUCACAUUUUAAUGGUUAUGAAGAUAUUCUUGUAUUUUGUUAAUUAAAUCAACAUUUGACUGGAAGUGAUAUUGAUUUUCAUAAGACUUCGUCCGAGUUUCUUCUAGAUUUCUCGUAAAAUAAAAUGAAAUCAAAUUAAAGAUUUUAAUAUGUUUUAACAAAGUUGAAAUCUUUACAUGUACAACAUUCGAAAAUGUAUUAUGGAAAAAAUCUGGAAAAAAAGGAAUUUCCUUGGAGUUUCAGUACAUGGUCUUCGAGAAAACGUAGAGGAACUUUUUCUUUUCAUAUCGAUAAAUAUUUUUAGAUAAAAAAGAAUGUACCGCCACAAACAGAUUUUCUGUCAACUGUUAAUAUUAUAAUUUAUCUUAAAUAACGAUCCAUAUUGGAUGACUUCCGAGAAAAUAUUUCAAUGAAAGGAAUCAAACUUUUCUGAACUAAAUUUUAUAUCUUAUAUAUAUGAGCAGAUUGUUUUGACUAUCUAAUGUCAAGAAAUUUGUUUUCUUUCACUUUACCAGUGAAUGAUGUAGUAUUUCGCAUGGUGCUCGACCCUUGUUUAUUAACUCUUCAUCCAAUUUGAUGUCAAAAUUUCGAUAUAUAUUUUAUUAAAAGCUUGAUAAAAUAUAUUGUAUUGUUAUUAUUAUUGUUAAAAAGAGAAUGCACUAUUCUCAAGUUUGCCUAUCUUUAUUUUCAAGACCUUCGAAUACAGCUUAUUACUGCCAUUAUGACCACUGUCAGGUUCAUAACGGAGCUAAAAUGUACUUGAAAUAUUUAUUUUUCGCAUAUUUUUGUAUUUUUCUUUGAAUCUCAGGGUUAUGUUUUGUAUGGAACCCUUAAUUAAAAUGCCAUCGCUCUGUCUGUGUUAAUCAUCAGUUAUAAAUUCAAGUAUGAAUUCAAUAGAAUAAAUAACGCUGUAAUCAUAAAUA